AGGGUUUUAGAAUCACAAAAAAAAGCUCCACAAUCUGAGAGAAGAGGAAGAAGAAGAAGAAGAAGAAAGAUCGCAGCCAUGUUUCCAGGAAUGUUCAUGCGAAAGCCAGAUAAAGCCGUGGCCUUGAAGCAGCUUCGUACUCAUGUAGCUCUCUUUGGCAGCUGGGUUGUCGUUGUCCGUGCUGUUCCCUACGUCCUCUCGUAUUUCUCCGAUUCCAAGGAUGAGCUCAAGAUCGAGUUCUAAGCCUCUGAUUCACUUUGAAUUUUCAGUGUUGAAGCGGUGAGGUAGAUGCAGCAUGAAGCAAUGGAAGACAUUGUAUUUGUUUUUGUAAUCUUCUUGCUCUUUGGAUCUGAAAUAACCUAGUCAUGAGACAUAUAGUUAUAUAGUGGUUUACUAUUGGUAUUUAUUUUUGGUUUCUGUUCUUCUC